AAAAACCUCACAUUGACACACCCCCAUGCCCUUACCCUUGCAAGCGUCUUGUGAACACGUGGACUUCACGAUAAACAAUUCCCGACUUACUGCGAUGUAAACAUUAUGACGCAAACAAAACGAUAUUCUGUAUGUUUAAGGAAUGUCUGACAGUGUUUAUAUGGAAGAGUUGCACCAUUUGAGACCAGACACCGAGUUCUGCCUGCUAGAAUGCUCUGCAGCCUUCAACAAGCUGAGCCAGCAAGAGAAGAAGUACGCCCACUACCUGUCGAGAGCCUGCUGGUAUGGGGGGCUCAUUGUUCUCUAUCAGGUGUCACCUGAAUCUCCAGGAAUAUUUGUUCUACUGCACAGGCUGUUUAAUGUGCAGACCUUUCAACAAAUUCAGGACCUAGCAAAAUUUCAAGGAUUUACAGAAGAUGAAAUUCAGGCCUUCAGGAUCUAUGUGGCUGGGUUCUAUAUGAACUUUGGGAAUUACGCGUCAUAUGGAAAUAUCAAGUUUAUACCAAACUUUCCAAAGGAAAAAUUUGAGCGUCUAGUGUUAGCAAGUGAAGCAGGAAAGAGUGAUAUAGAGGGGAUAGCAGGGCUGUGGAACUCCAUUUCAUACCGAAUAUACUCGCUCGAGGAACGACAUCGCGAGUUCGGACUGGGUCCAAAGGGUACAUCCACUUACUACUCCUUUAACUGUGAUAUGGACGAUGCUAAACUUGCACAAGAGUUCAUGCUGUCCAAGAACUUGUCCGCGUUCAACACGAGGCUGAUCAAGAAGUCUUUGCAAGAGUACGAGAUACGUCUUGCAUCGUCAGAGACGGGGGAUGGCAUUAUUCCUGGGUGUGAUGAAAGGCUGCUAGGCAGCCAUGAGUUCACAGCGGAGGGAGCAGACACACCAGUCACAUUCCAUGUCACCAGGGGAGACUACUCUAAGCUGCUUGCUAAAGUUGUCACCUGCUUUGAAAAAGCGAAGGAGUUUGCAACCAAUGAGACGGAAUCUCUAAUGAUGGAUGGGUAUAUUGCCAGCUUCACCAUGGGGUCUGUCCCCUCACACAAGGACAUGUCCAGAAUCUGGAUCAAGAACAAGAGUCCCGCAGUGGAAACGUUUAUUGCAUUCCUGGAGUGUUACAAGGACCCAUUCGGUGUUCGUGGGGAAUUUGAAGCUUUUGUGGGUUUUGUGAAUAAAGAAAUGAGCGCUAAAUACGAGGUACUUGUCAACAACACUGAGAGGCUGUUAAAGAACCUACCGUGGCCGGCUGAAUACGAGAUGGAUCAAUUCCUUAAACCAGAUACAAUGUUGGUCGAUCUGCUCGCGUAUGGAGCGUCCUGGGUUCCUGGUGGUGCAAACAUUCCAAACUACGGUGAUAUACGGCAAGAUGACGGCUUCAAAAACACCAUGUUUUUCAACAAAAUCAAGAUUGAAUCUCCUAAUAAAGUAACAUUUAUUGAUGACAGAGACAAGGAUCUGUUUUUCAAAAUGAGUUUGCACACCCUUGAGCUGCAUGUGGGCUUGCACGAGCUGUACGGUCACGGCAGUGGGAAAUUGUUUUCUGAGGACUUUGAUGGUAACCUGAACUUUGACAUCAACACUGUACGGCAUACUGAGACCGGAGAAGAGAUCAGGAGUUGGUACAAACCCGGCGAGACAUGGGAUACAAAGUUUCCAACCAUCGGGGCCUCGUAUGAGGAGUGCCGAGCGGAGUGUGUUGCCCUGUACAUGAUAGACAACGAGGACAUACUCAGGAUCUUUGGCCAUGAGCAUGACGGUGAUGACGUGGUAUACGUUGAUUGGUUGACCUUGGCACGGCUUGGUCUGGUAUCACUGGAGUUCUACACGCCGGAGACAACCACAUGGCGACAGGCCCAUAUGAACGCACGGUUUGUGAUACUACGCGUGCUCUUGGAGGCAGGCCAAGGCUUAUUGGAGAUCUCUGAGAUCACAGGUAGCGACGGCAAACCAGACCUUGUGAUUCGAAUGGACCGCCAGAAGAUACUGACUGUAGCAAAACCUGCUAUUGGAAACUUCCUCAGGAAACUCCAGGUGUACCGAUCCACUGGCGACUUUGAGGAGGGCAAGAAAUUGUAUGAUCACUAUUCUGAAGUGACCGACGACGGAGACAUUAAGUUCCUGUCACUACGAGAGAUUGUUGUUGCUCAUAGAACGCCGCGCAAGAUUUUAGUGCAGCAUAAUACUGUGAUAGAUGAAGUUGACAAUGUGGCGCUGAAAUCAUACGAGGCAUCCCCAGAAGGCAUGGUUCAGUCGUUCAUGGACAGGUUUCUCGGUUCCAACGUUGACGAAAUCAUAGAAGAACUAUGGCUUCAGGAUAGGCACCACUUUGACGACACUAUGGAAAGUGAGCGAUAGUGAUCGGGCGUCCUUUAACACGGAAAUUCGCAUAUCAGAUGCAUUUAACUUGCCUAAAAAACGACAUAUACGGGUUAUUUUUUGCCACUGUCUGUGACAGCGUACAAAUUUGUUUGUUUAGACAAUAUUUUGAGAAGUUCCUAUGCAAUCAUGAAUUUUAAAGCAUAAUAUUCUUUGGAAAUGGUUCUAACUAGUUGUCGAUUUUGUCGAUGUCUUAACUUUCAGUUUAAAGAUAACAAUAUGUACUGAGGAUAUAAACGUUUGUCUUUGAGUGUCUUGUUUGAACGGUUUUUACCGUAUUCUGUUGCUCUUAUCACUAUGUAGCAUUUUUUUCUUUCUCUUUUUGAAUAAAAUAUCUAUAUUUUUA